GGGAACGUGAAUUCGUCCUCUUGAUUGCACUCCACCACCACAGCCAACGACGACAAGAGACAGGCUCGAAAGCGGCGGAGAUCAAGAACGAAGAAGCUACGACGCCUGCCUGACUUCUCAAUUCCAGCUUGCUGGCCGAGCAAUCGCAGCGGAGACGCAUAUUCUUGUCUUUGGCACUCUUUCUCUUCAAGACAAUGUCUCCCCUCGAAGCCAGCACCUCGCAGCACAAACUGGAGCGCUCCUCGGCGGCGCUGCAGGCUGUUCGGCGAAGGCCAAACUCAUCAAUGGUGCACAUGCGGAGAGCCUCGCAGCCCGCUGCCGGGCCAUCGCACCAGCGCAAUGUCCUCUCGCGCUCCCUCUCCUCUUCGGCCGCCGAGUCAGACUCGAGCAGUGGGAGCAGCAGCGAGGAUGAGGAGUGGUCUCGAGACCAUUUUUCGGCCCAGCAGGAGGCCCACAGACGCUCACUAGACUACCUGGACCUUUCGCCUUCGCUCCCAUAUACCCUUGCCUCGUUGCGAGCCCAGCUCUUGGCACAGUGCUCCCACCUUGAGGCCAAGAUGCGGUCGCUCUGCAGCAUACAUUCGCCCUCGAAGCCGCGUGAUACAGAGACGGCGCCCUUCUAUGCCCAUCUCGAGGCGCUCAGAGAGGACCUUCGAAGACUAGCCCUGCUCCUCCCUCGGUAUCCCGUCGGUGGCGUGGCAUCCAUCUCUCCUCAGAAGGCAGGCGCCGCUCUUGUUGCACGCUCGCAGACUUUGGCGGCUGACUGGGAAAAGAUGCUGUCGCAUGCACGGCUGCAUGCACCCGAUCUGCAACACUUCAACAUUGCGCUUCCCCUCAACCUCUCGUCCGUCUGGCCUCCGCUUUCGCUUCCGGAUCUCGACGGUCUGCCCUUGGCUGGUGCCAAGAUCCUGGAAAAGGUGCAGGCCCGCUACGAGGCCCUGCAUGAUACCAUCAAUGCUUUGACAUUGCGCGACUGUUUCUACUGGGCACGCGGCCCAGAGGAGUCGUCCUCGCCUGCCCUCUCGCGCCAGCUCGAGGCAAUCAUUGCCUCGCUUCGAGAAAAGGGCGACGUGGUACGACAGACUGGCCGAGCAAGGGCCAACAGCGUGGUCAAAGCUGCCAAGGACGCAGAGGAGGUCAUGUAUGCGGCGGCCGUCGAGCUGGCCAGGGGUGGACAGAAGCUCAUUCGCUACGAGCAUCUUCCCGAGCUCUGGAAAAAUAACGAGCACAUUCUUUCGGGCUACCGCUUCAUCCCCAUCGAGAGGUGGGGUGCGCUGCUGCGAUCGACCUUCGAGGUCCACAACGAGACGGGCAACAUUCUCACUCACCUUAUUGGCGCCUUGAUCGUCAUUCCCCUCUUCUGGCCAUCUAAAGAGCGUGACGCAGCCUACGCCGACGAGAUGACGACGCCGAUGGAUCGGAUGGUGCAGACCAUCUACCUCAUUGCCGCCCUCAAGUGUCUUGUCCUCAGCGUCUCCUGGCACGUCAUGGCCGGCUGCUCGGAUGCAUGCUGGUUCGAGCGCUUCGCCUGUGUCGACUACACGGGCAUCGCGUGGCUCGUCGCUGCAUCGGUCUGGACGCUUGUCUACAACGCUUUCUACUGCCAGCCGAACCUGGCUAUGUUCUACAGCCUGACGACCCUCAUCGUCGGGACCGUGGGCGCCAUUGUGCCCUGGGCUGCAUGGUUCAACGAGCGACAGAACAAGGGUCUGCGCAUCUCCGUCUUCCUGGCGAUGUGCUUCACCGCCCUCGCGCCAUUCACACACGCCUCCAUCUCGCACGGCUUCAUGCGCACCUUUAGCUUCUUCUCGCCCAUCCUUCCCAGCGUUGGCUGCUACGUCGCUGGCCUCGUCUUCUACGCCUUUCAAUUCCCCGAAAGGUUCGCACCGGGCAAGUUUGACCUCUGGGGACAUGCGCACCAGAUCUGGCACAUCAGCAUCGUCCUCGCCAUCCUGUUCCACUAUCGUGCCACAUUUAUCUGGCACGACCAGCGCUUUGCCUUCAGCUGCGCAGCAGCAGGAGCCAACGGGCCCUCUACAUUCCUCGAUGGCCUCACACCCCCUCAUGCAGACGGGUCCUCGGGCAUUCUUCUUGAAUCGCUCAGCCGGCUGGGCCAGUCCGCCAUUGGCGGCUCCGUCGUUGAGGCCGCAUCGGACCUUUCCAAGGCAGACGAAGUCGUCCACGGUUGGCGCAGAGCUGCUGGCCGGCUCGCUGGCGGCUACGUCGGGCUGGCCUGGGACUGGUCCGUCGAUCGGCUCAUGGCGGCUUUCUAGACACAUUCUGGCCUCCUUUUGCAUCUCUCAUAUCCGGCUUGUUGCUAUUCCCUCUCAUAUCUGUCAAGCUCAAUUCUUCUCCUUGCAAAUAGAUUCAUUCAGUCAG